UCUUUCUAUUUCCAUCCCCUAGGAUGGAAGCGGAAUAGAUUUGCAUGGAUACAGAUUUGGAUAUCUCGAAUUUCUAUUUUCUUGUUUCCUUCCUAUUUUCAUCCCCAAUUGGAAGGCAAAGAGUUGCCAAAAUCUAAUUCAAACACCAUCGGAUCCUAGUCUCUCCGGGAAUCCAGCUGCUGGAUAAUGCAUGCAGAUUGAAAAUCUUGUCUCAUGGCGUUUGACACCACAGUGACCGAGGACGACGCCACGCCGCCUGCAGCAGCGCUAGCUUUUCAACAACACCUGGCAAGGGAUCAGCCUGGGGAUUCGCUGUUGGUGAUCAGGGACGCACUGCUGUCACAGCUCCAGAAGGACCGCCUUCGCCAGGAGAUCAUCUUGGCUGAGCUUGGCAAGAUAGAGUGCGCCUUGGCCUUGGGCUCUGCUGAUGCUGAGCGUGCUAAGCCGGCGGCGCCCUUCGCCUUCAAUAAGCAGGUAUCACAUGGCAGAGGCUCAGUUGAUCCUGAGCGUGACGUCGAUGUCGAUGAGGUCCAUGAUCCGAAGAAAAAAGAUGAAGCGCAUGGGCGUGUAGAAAGGGAAUCUGAGAAGCCUGCUACGGCAGAUCUCGUAGAUGAAUGCUUGAGAACUUCUGGUGGUAAUGGUAAGGCGGCAGGUCAGGAGAAUGCAGCACCUGAUGAGUCCAGUGAGACCAUGCUGCCCAAGAAGACGUUCCCUUGUUCUGUGAAAUGGACCUGUUCCAUUUGCCAGGUAAAAGCAACCAGUCAGGGCAACUUACGGGAGCAUUUUGCAGGGCAGAAGCACUGGUCAAAAGUAGCAUCCCUGGUAUCAAAAAACAAUGCAAAAUCUCAGAAGGCGAAAGAAACUGCUGAGAAAUCAGGAAAUGCACUUUCAAUGUGGGCGUGCAGGUUCUGCCAGUCCAACUGCACUUGCCAAUCAGACCUGGAGAACCACAGGAAAGGCAAAAGGCACCAAAGGAAUAUCCGAGCCCUGAUGGAAGAAUGCAAAAACAUGGAAAGCAAUUACGCAUCCCCAAAAGUGAAAUCAGAUCUGAACAAUGUGCCACAGGAUGAAGAGGGCCGAGUUCCAACCUGGAUAUGCAGCCUUUGCCAAGCUAGGUGCACUCGUCAGUCAGAGUUGGAGAACCACCUUAGAGGCAAGAGACACCGUCUGAAUUUUCUGCUUCUACAGGAAGAAGAAGCCAAACUGUAUCUGUCAUUGAGUUUCUGCGAGGUCUGCAAUUUGCAGUGCAACAGCGAAAAGAUGCUCGCUCACCACCGCACUGGGAAGAAGCAUUUGGCAAAGCUCAAUGGCUGCUGACUGCAGGAUACUAGCACCAUAUUUAGACUUCAUCAGUUGUGAUUCAUUCGCCAAGUACAACUUAUUUUACAUACUAUCUAUUAACUAGAUUGUGCGUUCAUACAAUUUGUAGUAAUGCUAGCGUACAGUAGUUUCAUCAUUUAUUCAAUUUCAGCGUGAAUUGUAACAGCCCAAUAAUUUGUGAACAUGUCAUGGAGCAUACAUGUGCAUCGUAUUUACAAUCCAUGUAAAUUUUCAGCAUGGUUUGAAUGUUUUUAGAA